AUGGCUCAAGUCAAUCUGAAAGGAAAAGGGGCGAUUGUUACGGGGGGCGGCUCCGGCAUUUGUUUAUCCUUCGUCCAACACUUGUAUCGUGCUGGUUGUAACGUCCUUAUUUGCGAUCUUGGCCUCCAUCGCGAGGCGUUGGCAUGGCUUGACACGAUUCAAAAGAACACCACCGAUCCGUCACCCGGGCCACGGGUCGUCUUUUUGAAGACCGAUGUAUCGGACUGGAAGCAGCUAGAACAGGCGUUUGAAGGCUAUGCCAGGGAGUUUGGGGGCGUGCCGGAUGUGCUGUGCCCCGGGGCCGGCGUCUACGAGCCCUCGUUCAACAACUUCUGGAACGACCGCGACGACAGCUACUACCAGAUGCUGCGCAUCAAUCUAGAACACCCGCUCAAGAUGUCGCGCAUCGCCAUCAGGAAAUGGGUGCAGCGAAGCAAGCCCGGUAUCAUCGUGAACGUGUCCAGCACGGGAGCACAGAAGCCGAGCAUGCUUACGCCAUUGUACGGAGCAGCGAAACAGGGCGUCAGCAACUUCACCAGGGGCAUGGCGCGGCUGCAGGACAUGGAGAACAUCCGCGUGGUUGCCGUCGCCCCGGGUCCGACCAUGUCGCCUCUAAUGUACGACCACCCAGAGGCGAUGCGGUUCGUCGACCCCGAGAAGGACAAGUUAUCGCACCCGGACGAGAUUGGUCGAGGAAUGAUGGCCGUCGCUUUUGACCGGGAGAGGUUUCCCCCGGGAACGGUCCUCGAAGUCACCCAUCCUGAUCGUUGGAGGGAGGUCUUUUUGCUGAACGAUCCAGGCCCUGGGCCGCAUGCAUUCACUAGCAGAAAAGAAGAAGGCAUGGCAGAUGUCUACGCAGCGCUUGACACUGACAGGAAGAGUGCCGCCCAGUAG